UACUGCUUUACCACUUCUCUUGCCGAGAGCCAAAAGAAGAAAAGUGGAAGAACACCAUUUUCGCGUCGAUGUUGUCAUCCUCUUUUUAUCUCAUUUCUAUCCUAGAUUUAUUUUAUGCCACUUCAUGAGAGAGGCGCGCUGAGUUUAAGAUACACGUCAGUGGGUAGCAACGAGGAGAAAGAAGUAGAGGAGAGCCCAGAAAUCCUGGCAAUAUUUUCCCCCCCUCUACCCCCUUUCGCGACGGGGAAUACUCGAAGGUGUUUUUGGAGCUGGUACUACUUCUGCUGGUGGUCUCUUAGCUCACUCUGCCUAACGUGCCUAUCCUACUGCAUCAUCUCCAUACCUACCUAAGCACUAGGUAGGCCCAGAAAAAAAAAAAAGCCGUUAGGCGGUCAUGGAUUCGAGACAGCCGCCGCCAUCACAACUUCCUUUUGCUCGUAAUGCCGCAUCACCACCAAUUUAUGGUCGAUCACCUUUCCCGCCCACUCCGAACUCGGCUCCGGCGGUAACAACGACUACGCCAUUUCAUCCGUCGAAUACCGUAUCUGCCGGCCCUACCGCGUAUAGUGAACAUCAGCGACGCCCAUCAGACACGGGUCCCUUCUACCCGCAACAGAGACCACCGGCCUAUGCGCCCGAUUCCGCGCCACAUCCCGCACCUACUCACUCGCGACACCAAAGCUCGUCAUCUAUUAAUGCUUCUUUGACACGGAAUAUGCCUCCUCCCUCGUCCCCUCAGCAUCCCAACCAACAGCCUCCUCCGCAUCCACACCAAAUGGGUCACUAUAGUGGUCCGCCCGCACCGAGAGCUCCGCCGGUGAGUCUUGGUCCUCCAGGUGCUUUUCCUUCCGCUCGUGAGCUUCCUGCGCUCAACUCGAUACCGCGAACGGGAAGUACGGGAGGGAGCAUGUCAAUAUCGUCGAUACUAGGAGGUCCUCCUCCGGCCUCACGUGAACUAACACCUGGUCAUCCAGCUUCUUUCCAGCCUCCAGUUACCACUUCCGCCGUUUCGGGCCCGGCGUAUGCUGCACCAGUUCACGCGUCGCCUAGGAUGCAGCCUGCGAAUGAAUACGCUGCUUAUAAUAGGAGACCUCAAACACCAGAUCAAGGUAGACCUUUUGAUACGAGAGAUCCUAGAGGCGCCGCUGUUGGGUCCCCCCCGCAGGGCAUAUAUGGAACCCCUGAAUUGUCCCGAUAUAACACUCCCCAAGCAUACCAACCGCGUGGCCCACAGAUGCCACCAGCCGACGAUAGAAGGGAGCAGCCGGGUCGGAUUUCCGCCACUAACUUACCCCCAAGACCAAGCAGCCAGCCAAGGUCUUAUCAUGGUAUACCUCCGAGACCUGCAGAUCUGGGAAGGGGCCCGCCUCCUGGAGAGCCUGUUUAUGGUAGACGAGAAGAGACGCGGCCUCCUGGCCCGGCGGGGUACGACCCAGAACGACAGCCCCGAACCAUGCCAUACGAAGAGCAACGUCGAUUCGUUACGGAUCGUGAAGCAGAAUUCCAGGAGAGGGAACGAAGAGAAAGAGAAAGAAUGCACUAUGAAGAGCAGCGCGCAUUCGUAGCUAAUAGGGAGCGGGAAAUCGAGAGAGAGCGAGAAAGGGAAAGAGAAAGAGAGAGGGAGAGGGAAAUGGAAAUACGCGAAAGAGCCAGGAGAGAAAGAACUACAUCUGACCCGAGUCGCCCACAUGGCCAACACCCUGCCGAGCUUGGGCCCCAAGUGCUUUCGCGGCAACCGCCUUAUGGAAGAUCGGAUCCCCGAGAGGCAGCGGCCUGGCAGCGGCCUGGAUAUGAUCAAGGACCCCCAAGAGAGCCAUAUAACCAGCAAUACUCCGGCCCGCGACCGAACGAAUUCCCAUCUACUACCGCAGCGCCGUAUGGAACGCAUCCUGCUUUUGCGCAAUCUCCCCAUGAACGUUUUCCAGCUACAGGUCAGCCUCCUCACGUGAUACCUGCCAACCAGCCAGGUUCUCAACCUACGCAUCCUUUCGAGUCGCCUGAUAGGCAUCGUUUUAUCCAGGCUCAUCCUCAUCCCCAUCCCCACCCCCACCCCCAUCCACAUCCCCAGCAACAACCACCGCCACCGGCAACUCAUAGAGGUAGGCCAGUCGACGAUGUUCCCCCUCCGCCUUCAGUAGCAUAUAGCAGCGGGCCAGGUUCUAUGUUCGAAGUGAGUCGAUCGCGUCCUCAGGACGAUGGCCCUGCUCCAAUCGGUCAUCAGCGUACUUUUCUCGGUGUCCAGGAAAUCAACCGCAAAGGACGAGUUUCUCCGCUGCCGCAAGCAGUUCAAGGAGCGCAACCUCAAUUGCAAGGACCCGCCGGUGAGCCUGGGAUCAAGAGUGAAUUCGGCCGCAUGUUCUCCGGCAUAGGAAGCGGUGUUCGCGGUAUCGGUGUCUCUAGUCCAGUGCCAUCUGGCAUGCAACCCCAGUUCUCAAAUUCAGGUGCUCUUCGGCGUGACGAAGAGCAUCCUAGCCAUGAAUUACUUGCAGACGGUCCUGCGAAGCCGAGAGGGAAACGGAGAAAAGCAAAAGAUGAGGAUAGUAAAGGCGAUGAGGAUAGUAACGGUCGAGCUACGCCAGUUGGCCGAGCUAAACGCCCAAAAACCCACGCUCAUCAUCACCAUCACCAUCAUCAUCAUCAUCACCAUCAUGGACCGGAAAGAGCCCCCUCGCCCCUUCAAGCGGCAAGUGGACAGCUUAAAAGCCUUAAAACUAACACGCCUAUACCUUCUCCCACGCGCAAAGACUUCACCGCUCCUUUCACUCACCAUCAUCAACCUCCGAGAUCAACGCCCGCCCCGACCUCGAAGAUGGCGGCACCUGGUCCGACUAUUAUCCCCAAACCGAAACAUAAAAUCUCGUCUCAGGCGGUGCUUGAUAGCAUCGCAGACCGACCACGAAAGCAUCUGGGCGAUGUCGUGUACCAGGUAACUUUGAAGCCUACUAAGUUGGAGUCAUCCCAUGGCAAAUUUGGUUAUGUGUCGAACCCGCGCCCCCUGCCAAUGGACCUGAUCAAGGGUAACGAAAAUUCUACCCUGACUGUCAAGAUUCCUCGUGUGCACCUGAGCCCGUCUGCUCGCGAGGAGAUUACAUCCCGCCGAGCUGUUUGGGGAACUGACAUUUAUACGGACGACUCGGAUAUUGUUGCUGCAUGUAUUCAUGCUGGCUGGAUUCGAGGCGAAUGGGGCGAGGACGUUGAUAUCGAUCUGCUUGAUCUUUAUAAGCCCACGGCUUCGAAGAAGCAACGUGCGACACCUGCUGAGCAACAUCUCGAGGUACUAACUUCGCCCCCAGCCUCGGGUCCGGUUUGGGUACCUGCUGAUCGUGACUUACAUGUUACUGUCCUUAUUCUACCAGCCCUUGAGAAGUAUAGUAGCUCAACGCGCUUCGGCAUCCAGAGCCGCGAAUUCGGAGGGACCUACAACGGGCGUAAGUCGAUUCAUGAUGGGAUUAGCUUUAUGAUCCUAAGCGUGCGCUGGGUGGACGGUGCGGCGCCACAAAGCAGACUUCGCGGCAAGGCGCGUAGGGAGCGAAUUAGGAAAGCUAUGAGCGAAGUCAACAGGAGCCAAGUAGUGGACAUAGGGGAAAGGGAGGUUUUGGGUAGGACGGCCGUAGCGAGGGAUCCUCGUGCCAGCAAAGAUAGGAGUACUAGGAGGACAACCGACGGCACCAGAGACGGUAAUAAAGAGAAUCGGCCCACAGCCGCGCCGAACGGUAACGUUCUUGCAUCGGGUCAAGAGAGACCUCGUGUAGAUACGAAUCUGGACGGUAAGGAUACGGACAAGAAUCGAUCAAGGAAUGACCAAAGCGCAAGGACGAUGGAUGCCACUACGACUGCUGAUGCUGGGGAAGACGCAGCAAAACGUGGGUCGAGCGAGCCUAUGAAAGUUCCUAUGUAGCGUUGAGCUAAGAUCAUAUCAAUGCUUGGGGAUCGAAGAAUAGCUGGAUUCAUUUUGACCGUCACUUCACGGGCGGGUUUAAACCUGACGUUAAGUAAACGAGAUAUAGAUAGGAGAGAUUCUGCCACAGUGCUGAUCAUUCUUCUACAUUCCUUACUCUUGGCGGGUUUUCUAAGAUAGCUUAGGCGCUUAUCUGGUCGUGGUUACUUCCGUCUUGACCUAAUUACCUUAUAGCAUAGCGCGGAGUUGUGAGUAUGAAAAGUGUCAUGAUAGAAAACACAAUCGUCCGAUGUCGCGCUAGUUACUAUAUCCGUCCUUGUGUAUUAAAUCACUAAUUUACAUAGACACAUCUCCACAGCGAAUCCCGUCUAUAUAAUUCUACAAUCUCUUGCCAAUCGAACAGUCUAGACUAUCAUAUAGU